AUGUCAAAACCCACCCUAAUAUUCGCCCCUGGCGCCUGGUACCCCCCAACAGCCUUCGACCCCCUAAUCGCCAAACUCCCCGAUUACACCUGCCACACAAUCGCCUUCCCCGCCAUCCAGCAAGCAACCACCGUGACCGAUCUCCGGUUAGACAUUAGCGCUGUCCGCACACUCGUCGAGCGCGAGGCAGAUGCGGGUCGGGAUGUUGUUAUUGUUUUGCACAGCUGGGCCGGGUUACCAGUGAACAGCGCAUUGGAUGGAUUGAGCAAGGACGCACGGGAGAAGGAAGGGAAGGAGGGAGGCGUUGUGAGGCUGGUGUUUAUCGCGGCGUUUAUACCAGAAAUUGGGGAGAAUUUGGUGGAUGCGCUUGGGGGGCCGGCGGAGUGGUUUGUACGGGAUGUCGAAAACGGCACCGUAACCGCCAGCGACCCAUUCACCCUCUUUUUCCACGACGUCCCCGACGGUCAUGAAUGGGCCAAGACCCUCCGUCCGCAUUCCUGGGCUGCCAAAACCUCACCUGCCACCAGUGCCGCCUACCUGGAGAUCCCCAAUUCGUACCUCCUGUGCGAAGAUGAUCGCGCGAUUUCACUGUUUGCCCAGGAGGCUAUGGUUGAGAAGGCGAGGCAGAAGGGAGCGGUGUUUGAGACGGAGAUGAUUAAGACGGCUCAUACGCCUUGGUUGGUACCAGAAGUUAUGGAUGAGGUUGCGAGGUAUAUUAGGAGGCAGGCUGGAGAGGUUUUGUAG